AUGAGCUCUUCCGGUCUCAAACUUCUUCUCAAUUUACUCGAAUUCUCUCAUCUGCACAAAUCCCUCAACUUUAUUCGACAGUGUCACUCUCGCAUUUACCCUCUUGGCUUCGCCCAGAACCCGUUCUUGGCAACCAAACUCAUCUCCUUGUAUGCUCUCUGUGGCCUCCCAACUGAGUCACAACUCGUUUUUGGUUUGCUCCCAGACAGGAGCGUGUUCCUCUGGAACGCAAUUAUCAACGCGUACGUGAAAAAUCGAGCUUAUGGCCAGUCUUUUGCUUUGUUCUGUGAGAUGUGUCGUGGCUCUGUGUCGCCUGAUGAUUACACCUUGGCAACGAUGUCGAAAGCGUAUGGGGAAUCAAGAGACUUGUAUGCGGGGAAAAUGAUUCAUGGGAAGACUAUGAGAAUUGGGUUUGUCUGUUGUACCGUUGUAGCAAAUUCUCUUAUGUCCAUGUAUAGUAAAUGUGGGGAGCGCAAAGAAUGCUUGAAACUGUUUGAUGAAAUGCCGCUGAGAAACGUGAGUUCUUGGAACAUUAUUAUAGCUGGGCAUGCAGACCAAGGAAAAGGUAGUUUGGUGCAGGAGAUGUCUCGUGUGGUCAAAGAUAUGGAGAAUGAGGGAUUAAAGCCUGAUGCAUUUACAGUGUCUAGUCUUCUGGGUUUGUGCUAUGAUGCUCACUGCAGCCUGGACUAUGGAAGGGAACUUCAUGGGUAUCUAUUACGGAACGAAUUGGGUAGCGGCCUGGCUUCAGAUGCUCAUCUGGGCUGUUGCUUAAUUGACAUGUAUUCAAGGAGCAACAGAGUUGAUAUAGGGAGACGGGUGUUUGAUGAAAUGAAGAAUCGGAAUGUUCAUUCUUGGACCGCACUGAUCAAUGGUUAUAUGUUAAAUGGAAAGGUGGAAGAAGCUUUAUGUCUUUUGCGUCACAUGCAGGUCGGAGAUGGAUUAGAACCUAAUAGUGUAUCGCUUUUGAGUGUUCUUCCAGCUGGUAGGUCACUUGCUGGUUCAAGUUUUGGGAGACAAAUCCAUGGAUAUGCGAUUAGAAAGCAAUUAAAUUAUGAUGUUUCUUUAGGCAAUGCUUUGCUGGACAUGUAUUUGAAAUGUGGGAGCUUGAGUUACGCAAGACGAAUCUUUGAUGAUGUUUCUUUUCCUAGAGAUGCAAUCUCUUGGAGUUCAAUGAUUUCUGGGUAUGGGUUGCAUGGGAAAGGAGAAGAAGCUAUCUCCCUAUACUAUAAGAUGCUUCGUCAAGGAUCUAAACCAGACAUGAUAACCAUAGUUGGUAUUCUUUCUGCCUGUGGGAGGUCGGGGUUGGUAAAUGAGGGCCUUCAUCUCUAUUAUGCUGCUGUAUAUGAGUAUGGGCUGGAGCCAACAGUUGAGAUCUGUGCUUGUGUGGUUGAUAUGUUAGGAAGAUCAGGCCAGCUUGAUGAAGCACUAGAUUUCGUCAAGAAAAUGCCAAUAGAGCCUAGUCCAAGUGUUUGGGGAGCUCUUGUGAGUGCUUACACAAUGCAUGGAAAUUCUGAGAUGCAGGAUCUAGCAUACCGAUCCCUUGCACAUUUGGAACCUGAAAACCCAUCAAAUUACAUCUCUCUUUCAAAUGUGCUUUCUUCUUCCAUGAGAUGGCAUGAGGUUGCUGCUAUCAGAACAAUGAUGAAAGAAAGGGGGUUACAAAAAACUCCAGGUUGCAGUUGGAUAAGCCUUAACAAUGGAACCCACAGUUUUUAUGCCGCUGAUAAGGUUCAUCCUUCUACAGAGCCAAUAUAUGAAAUGCUGCAAGGCCUCAUCUUGGUGAUGAGAGAAGCUUCUGAUUCUCUUAGUAUUGAUGAUGUUAUGUGUGUACAUUGA